GAGGAUCGUCAAUUUAUAUUCAAACAAGAACCAACAAUCAAGAAUCCACGAUAGCGGACGAAUCAGGCGUUGGUCCUUUCGGGACCUUGCGCAAUUCUCGAAAGGAUUGAGGGGAACCAAUUAUAUCGCGAUAUCGAUUGUCGAAUAAGAGCUGAAGGAGGAGGAGUGAAGAUAGACUCAGGACAAAUACUUAUGAUUAAUUUGUGCUGCGUAUGGCAGCCCCAUUUCUGCUGUCGUCCGACCUUACCCUGCCAGCCUGUCCAACUCGUCUAACCUGUCCGACCUGUUCGACCUGUUCAACGUCACUCGAAUCUGACCGACUUGACCAACCCGACCAAAUUUAGAUCGAGUGAUGCAUUCCUCCGAGAAUAGUCGACGGUCACAAGCCCAACGUUGGCGACCAGACUUAAAUAUCAAUACUUCCAGUCCUGCAAACAGAGGUCGCGAUUCUGUGGCUGCAAUGCCCUCCACGCCCCCAACGAGGUCGAAAACGAAACCACCCGUAUCAGGUCGAGCAUCAUAUCGAGUACCUACCUCAGCAUCAACACCAGCCUCGCGCGAUUCCGAAGAGUCCUUCCUAGAUAACGGUUCUGAUGAAAAUAGAGGAAACGAGCCUGAUCUACCCAAUCUGCCUAGAGGAAGAAAUGCGAGAGACUCCCACGAUCUAUCGUUUCCCUCCCGUCAAUUCACCCGAGACUCCUUAGUUACCAAUAUGUUGUCCUCUCUCGACCAAUUCUCUUUGGGUCAAAUUCAUACUCCAAGCACCAAUAUGUUCGAAGAUGAUCCUCUCAGCCCACCAAGACAAAACGACUAUUCGAAGUCUAUGACGAGUAAUAACCCUCGACCGGGGCGUAUGUGGAGUAAUAGUAUGAGCCAUGGCCAUGGAUAUUCGUACAGUUCUGAUUUCGAUGGUACGGAUGACGGAGCGAGUAGGGCAUCAGAUCAAUAUUCCAGGGGACGACGCAGUAAUAGCAGUUCUGGGUUCCAAUCGAGCUUAGGCCGGAUCAAUAGCUUACGGGAGCGAAGCCACCCUGGUACAUCUGGAGGAAGAGUGUUACAUUCGAGAGGAGGCAAGACUAGCAAGAGCAGCAGUACUAAUAGUAUCGAUGCUGGCUACGCGCAGGUUCUUACCACACAACGAUGGGCCCAUGGCAUUGGUGGUAGGUCGUCAAGUUUUGACUAUGGACAAAGGCCCUCUCUCAGUUCUCCUCAUGCUUGGAAGACUGAAUUUUCUAACACGUUUCUCGUUGAUGAUUACGAAGCAGCUCCGACACCAACUGUUCCCGUUGGACCUCGUCGUCCAAACGUGCCUUCUACUGCCGCCGCACCGCCGCCGAUUCCUCCCGCGGAACCCGAAUCGAAGAUUCCUGACCGCAAAAAUUCAGCCAGGUCGAGAACUGGUACUAUGCGAACGACUCAGUCUAAGUACGCUCCGUCGACGCGUGAGCCACCUCCUCCGAUGCCUCCAACUGAAAUGGAUUCUGCUCCCGCGCCGCAUAUCGGGUACGAGAAAUCGAAAGAGGUUGCACAUGGAACCCAGGCACCGCCACCCCCGACGAAGCAAGGAUUCUUCAGUAGAAUAUUCGGCUAUAGAAACACUACACCAACAUCGGAUCCUAGACCGUCGCAACUUGCGUCCACGUCGGCAGAUACCGCUGAUCAAAGUGGAAACAAGUUACAGAAUGUCUCAUCGCAGACCAAGGCCCAGUCUACUCCCCCGUCUAGGGAUUCUCAAUUUAGGGAAUCUCAACGGUCAGCAUCUCAACCUCAUGUGAUCCAGAAGAAGUCUUCAUUCUUCAGAAGAAGAAAGAAGUCUGUAAAUGAACCACCAAUGCCGCCUCCUCCGAUACCUCUUCCAAAGGAAGUGGCCCAACUCAAAGAGAAUUCAGCUCCCCAUCGAGAGUCUAGUCCUGUCAGCAGCCUACGUGAGAUCAUGAGUCCAUACCUGCAAGGCGUUACUACAAAUAUCCCUGGUGGACUCUUGUCGCCGUCGCAGGAGAAUGCACGUGCACGUGGCUAUGAGUCCCAGGACGAGGAUAAUUCUCGCAAUUCUCGUAGAUCUCGAGGCUUUUCCCCAGAUUAUGAGCCGAGCCCGAAUGCUACGAUACGCACCGUAAAAUCCACUUCUGCCUUAAGGAACCAGGAAUCAGCUCGAAGACGGUCGCAGAUGGAAAGUUCGAUGAGGGAUCUACCUGAGUUGCCUACCAAGAAAUUUGUUGAGAGUCGUGACACAACAUUCUUCCAUGAUAGUAGCGACGAAGGGGAAAACCCACGGGUGGCUGGGAAGCAAAAGCAAAAGCAACCUCAAAGUAACAAAUCUUCCCCGAUGAUCAAUGAACCGAGAGACAGAUUUGAGAGUAUUCAGGAGCGCCCAACCACUGGAAUUGAAAACGAGGACAGGCUGUCUAAGCAUCAACCAUCACCGAAAUUGGUACUCCAACAUCACUCCACAUUUGAAGAGGCUCGUCCUAGACCUGUCGAAGGUCGUGACGGACCUAGGAGAAUGUCGACUUUUCCCAGUUCUCUCAAUAAACCCGAUAAUGGCUUGCCUAGUGUGAAGGUGGAUAGCGCAGAAGGUAGCCCCAAGAUCGUAGGAUCGCCUCUAGACGAACCUGAAGUAUCCGUGGGCGAGCCAACAGAAGAUGAUCGGCAAAAGGCUCAAAAGAUUUUUGACGGAAAUGAAGAUUUCAUUCAGAAAGAAAAGGCAGCAUCUUGGAUGGGAGAGGAAGGGCUUGUGAGACAACGAACAUUAACGGCAUAUAUGGAGCUCUACGAUUUCACAGACCAGAGCGUUCUCACUGCUUUGCGACAAAUAUGUAGUCGUCUCAUUUUGCGUGCGGAGACACAGCAGGUUGACCGGAUCUUAGUUGCGUUCUCCACGCGGUGGUGUGACUGCAACCCCAACCACGGUUUUAAGACUAUGGAUGUUAUUCAUACAAUGUGUUACUCGAUCAUGCUCCUAAAUACAGAUCUUCAUCUUGCAGACAUCGACCAGAAGAUGACAAAGAGCCAAUUCGUCAAGAACACCAUGACAACUAUCAAGCAUGCACUAGUUGAUUCUGCCCCCGAAGCUUUCGAUCGCUCUAGUGUUCUGCCUGGAAAAAAUAGCCUACUUAGUCCUUCUGAAUCAGAAACGAUUAUGUCCUAUGAGCCAGAACCGGAGAUAAAACUCAGUUGGAGAGCAUCCUUUAAACCUUUACCGCUACCAAUACCACGAUCAGAGUCGUCGAUGGGCAAUUACUCGGAUGGGCCAGUAGAUACCUGCGGUCCACUUGUGAAGACACCCUUUGAAGGCACUGUGAGGGCCUGGAUGCAACAGAUGGAACUCGUAUUGAAAGAUAUUUAUUCAUCAAUUCGUGAUGAAAGGCUCCCUCUUUUCGGAGCCGAACCAAGUCAGCCGCCGAGUCAAACACAGAGUACUCUCUCAGUUAUGGGUGUGCUCAAACGUAGCCCCAGUGUCUUGUCAAAAGCACCUUCUGAGGGCCAAAUUCCCAUCCGCGGGAGAAUCAACGACCCAGUCCGUCCCCCUGGGAGUAGAUGGAACUCGAAGAGUCGAUCAAGACCGAGAUUUCCAGGCAACGGGAUGUCUUCAAGUCGUACUAGCUUUGAUGAUGGCAAUUCGGUCUGGAGUCCUACCACCUCGUCCGCCACUUGGAGCCGUUACUCGUUGGGUAGGACCCAAACUUCGAUGUCCGUGGACUCCUUUAGCUCAUACCCUCACGGCGACUAUCAGCAAUCUAUUGGCUUUGCUAAUGCGUUGAGCCAAGCAAUAAUCCGCGAAGAUAUCCCUCCUGGCACUAGUGGACAGUCUAUUAUGAGUGACGACUUCCAAGCCAAUCAAUUACUCGAAGAUGAAACCUUGGAGCUUGCAGGUCCUCCUUGGGUCAAGGAAGGCAUUGUCAUCCAUAAGCAUCAUCUUGAUGGCAUAGAUAAGAAGGCCAAAGAUCGGAAUUGGACCGAAGUCUUCGCUGUUGUUCAGAAGGGGAGCAUGAGCCUCUUCUCAUUCUCGAGUAAAUCAAUGCGUCAGAAGUCUCGUGGUGGACGUAAACCUCCUCCAGGUGCCGUCGUUGGGGGCGGAAAUUGGCAGGAAAAUGCUACCAGCGUUGGGACUUUCUCGCUACGGCAGACACUCGCUUCCGUCCUCCCCGCGCCUGGGUAUUCUCGAAGUCGUCCGCAUGUUUGGGCUCUGAGUCUGCCCACCGGCGCCGUGCACCUCUUCCAAGUGGGAACUCCUGAUAUUAGUAAUGAGUUCACGCUUGCUGUUAAUUACUGGAGUGCUCGAUUGAGCACACACCCGCUUGUUGGUGGUGUUAGCAAUAUUGAAUAUGGUUGGAGCGAUGCCAUCAUCAACAAUGCUCUAGUCACAGCUAUUAAUGACCCACCUCCACCCCCACGCCCAGGCAGCGCUGCAGCAGGGCGUUCAAGCAUGCACAGCCGCCAGGGCAGUCUGCAAAGUAGCAUCCGAUCAUCAUUCGAAGUUGGUGGCAGCUCACGAAUCAAAUUACCUGGCGAUCGGAUUCACAUUGCCGAAUGGACGCCACCAGCACAAUCGUUGCGACCCAGCAACGCAUCCGAGGCUGAACAGCUGGAGACGCUUGAUGGUUACGUCAAGUCUAUAGAAGAAGACUUGAAAAAGCACAACCAACUCCGGUCACCUAUGCUCCUAGCAUUCACCCCUCGUGGUCAUAACUCGACAAAGGCUAUGGCGAACUGGGAGCGGAAGUCUAGUUACCUGCUGCGCGAGAACGUCAAAUUUAGUACAUAUGUCGACUGCCUGCGGAUCGCUAAGACCAAGAGGGCCGAAAUCUACACCGAACGCGAUAACGCUAGGCGUGCGGCGCGUGGUGAAGACCUAGAUGACGACGAGAGCGUGCAUGGUGUGGAUGCGGAUGUGACGAUCCACGUCGACGACGAGGAAUGAAAACUUGAUUACUAACAGAACAUGAGGGGCAGGUCACAGCCCCAUCUCCUUUUCCACAUUAUUAAUUCCUAUUUAGAAGGACUUUGACGUCAACGGGUCGAGGUUGCAAAACACAGUGUCACGGAACGGAUGGGUUUACUUUGUAUAUUAUCAUUUUUUUUUACCACAUGUCUGCAGAAGACCCGGGGGGUAAGCUCAAUACCCACAGCCUGGCGUACCCUCGGCUCUGUCUAUUCGUACCGGUGUAGAUAUCGCGCUUAUGAGUUCCGUAAAUAGGUAGCUAGUCGGCAGCUAUUCUCGGGACGCUUGUUCCCUGUGGAUAUUUAUUGAUUGAACGAUUAAAUAAAUC